AUGCAUGGAGUGUUGAAGCCGACGUCUUGUGACCGGGCGUCAACAUCCUGGCAGCGUGGCCCAUUCAGCGGUGUCGCUGCACUGAGAAAGGCGGCGCACCCGGACCAGUCACCGACCGCCGUCAAAUCUGCAAUCAUGACUACCUCAGACAUCACCGACAAGGACGAGAAUCCCAUAAAGGAUGAGCAGCACAACAAGGCAAGCUUCCUCGGCAUGGGAGCCGCAACCGAGAAGUCGACAUAUAAAUUGAAGGUGGAUGGCCUAGAAAGUGUGGCGGUGGAGGUCUCGCCAGAGACAUUGGAUUUCACCGGCAAAAUCAACGAAAACAAGUCGUUCAACAUCAGCUUCAGCAGGACAAUCGCACAUCCUCCUACGCACGAAGGACACUUGUUGUGA